AUGAGAGCUGCGGUACCAUCACCAGGCAAACGCCUCGCCCCUCUCUUCAAGUCUCGCACCCCAUCUACCAACUCCGUCGUCAAACCCGCUAGCGCAUGCUCAUGCUUCCGCCAACUCAAGCACCGCGAGACAGGCCGCACCACCAUCGCCGCCAAGUGCGCCGUGGUUUGCAAAAAGAAAUGGACGGAGUACCAAGGGAUCGACAAUUGGGAAGGCCUGCUCGACCCUCUCGAUGACAACUUACGCCGUGAAAUACUCCGCUACGGGGAGUUCGUCGAAGCCACGUACCGCUCGUUCGAUUUCAACCCUUCCUCUCCCACCUAUGGCACUUCCAAGCACCCCAAGAGCUCGCUCCUGGCCCGCGCCGGGAUCCGAGGGACUGGAUACCGGGUGACGCGUUACCUGCACGCCACGUGCGGGGUCCAAAUGCCACAUUGGGCUUCCAACGUCCCUAGUUGGAUGGGCACGCGGUCGAGCUGGAUCGGUUUUGUGGCGGUGUGCAAGGACGGGAGGGAGAUUUCGAGGCUGGGGAGGAGGGACGUGGUGAUCGCGCUUCGGGGGACCGGCACGUGCUUGGAAUGGAUCGAAAACCUACGCGCCAACUUGACUUGUGUGGGCGGCGAUGGCGACGGCGGAGCAGAGGGGCCGAUGGUGGGAAGUGGGUACUUAAGCUUAUACACAUCAAAAACAGCCACUAACAUGAGCUUACAGGACAUAAUAAGAGAAGAAGUUGCCAGGAUCAUCAACAAAUACAGCGACAGGCCCCUUAGCUUGACGAUCACAGGCCAUAGCCUUGGUGCGGCCCUGGCCAUCCUCAGCGCAUAUGACAUAAGCUCCAACUUUUCGAAUGCACCGAUGGUGACUGUCAUAUCGUUCGGCGGGCCUCGCGUCGGGAACCGAGCCUUCAGACACUUACUGGAGAAGAGCAAGGCGAACGUUCUCCGCAUCGUGAACUCGGACGACCUCGUCACCAAGGUGCCGGGACUAAAAGACGACGUGGCAAGGCUCCCGUGGCUCUUCCGGGAAAGCAGGGAGCACGCGCCGUCGGCAUACACCGACGUCGGACGGGAGUUGAGGCUGAGUAGUAGGGAGUGCCCGUACCUCAGCAGCGUCAAUCUCGCCACGUGUCACGAGUUGAAGACGUAUCUUCAGUUGAUCAGUGGGUUUGUGAGCUCCAAGUGUCCUUUUAGGGCUACAGCGAAAAAGGUGCUGAAUGUGAAUAACAGUAGAUCAAGGGACAAAGGCCAGUAUCUUAAUUAAUAUGAGAAUAAUACAUGAAUGCAGGCCAAUAAGCCUUUCUCACAGCCGAAAAAGGUGCUGAAAAUAUUUUGUCUAUUUCAUGCGGUCGUUUGCGGGUUCAAGCAACCCCAAUGGCUUCACUAAUGAUUACCUUAACACUAGAUAGAUAGUGAGUGAAGGUGUCGUGAGAAAAUAAAUGUGGUCUUCUUGUUGUUUUCAACUCCUGGUUGAAAAUAUU